CUAUUUGGUACACGUGUCCUAACACGUUGAAUCUCUACGAUCCUCCCUCCGUUUGGAACGAAGUAGAGACCGAGCCCAUGACAAAAGGCACGCUUCAGCACGUGACUGCCAAUGGGACGACUUCGGGGCACUAGAAAGUGGCAGCCAACAAGGAAGACAAGGAAAUAUAGAUUAUAAGAAGAGUUCUUACAAUGUCUCCUGGUUGGUCGAAUUUUCACAAAAUUGUGAAAAGAAGAAGGAUGCCGUUGAAUUUUACUGAAGGUACCAAAUGGUAGAAGGAUGGAAAACGAUAGAAAUAAAAUUUUAGACCAGGCAGUAACAAUAAUCCGCAGAACUCUGGGGGUUUGCACUUUGCUCGUUGAACGAUCCACCAAUGGCUGGAUGGGUCGAAGAUAGGUUUCACUCUGGAACGUUCAGGAUUGGCUAGAUUCUCCGCCCAGGGGUUGCAUCGAUCAUCCCCUUACCGCUUCACCAACCUCCGAUAUAUAAAGCAGCCUCCCCAGGGACACUGAGGAUAGUCUGAUUCCUUUGCUGUUCUCGUGUAUCCUUGGUUCCCUUCAUCCAACCGUUGUGAAGUGAUCCUUGGGAGACUUAAUUGGGAAAUUAAUCUUAAUUAUAAUUAAUUGAAAGGAAAAAUUAUCAUUGAGAGUUAUUAAUGAGCUGGUAAGAAGAAAGAAUAUCUAUGGCGAACCAUUCAAGUUACGAGUACGAAGAUAGAGGACAGAGAAUGCGACAUCGUGUUGGUACUACUUCCAGAGCGGCCGAUUCUACUGUGGCCUGCACUAGUAGUCAAUAUUACGUGGGCCCAAGCAGUGAUAUUAGCGAGGAAGAUCUGGCAGAGUUGCCUUCUUGUGUUUACGCGGGUAGAUCCACUCAACACGUUGCACACACCUCCUCACAUACUCAUUCUCCUCUUCAUUAUCAUAUGCCAGUUUCUACACCUGAUCAUAACGAUACAGAGAUAAAUGGUGUAGAAGAGGGGUACUAUCCAAAUGGUAGUCCCUAUAGAAUUCAACGACAUGCCGCCAACAUACGUGAGAGAAAACGUAUGCUGAGCAUCAACUCGGCUUUCGACGAGCUUCGAGUACAUGUACCAACGUUUCCAUACGAAAAGAGGCUGUCCAAAAUUGAUACUUUGCGUCUGGCUAUAGCAUACAUUGCACUACUUCGAGAAGUGUUAGCUGCUAGGCUUGAUCCAUUAACUUACGUUGAAAGGUGCCUUAGAGGAGAAAUAAAUGGGGAACGUGCUGAAUGGAAUACCAGCGAUUUGACAGCACGUUUAUCAUGGAUAAAUUGGGAAAAUCUAGGCGUGAAUCCAAAUCGACGAUCAGUCUUAACUACACUCGCUCUAACGACAGACAAUAUGAACUAAAAUAUGCAAAAAAUUUUUUCUUCCCUUUUCUUUGUAAAUAAAUCCCAAUUGAAUAGAGUGCCAAAAGAUGUUAUACAUAAAUACAUAUGUAUACAUUUCAGUUCUAGUCUGGACGUGCAAUAUGAACAAUGAUAUUAUAUUUCGUAUUUCUAUAUAUAAAUAAUUAUAUAAUAAACGUACACGCGUGUACAUGUAAAAUGGGAAUAGCUAUUCUAGUUUUAGUAUUUUAUUUGGAAUAAAAGAAGCGCUUAUAAGAAGCUAUAA